GGGAACCUGGGCUCCCUCUGCGACAUGGCGCGGACUAGACGCAGGGGCAGCGCGGGGCUCCCCCGGGAGGAACGGCACCAAAGCGGAUGCCUACUCUCGAGGAAGACUCCAGCCGCUUUGCAGGGAACUGAAGGUAAUUCUUUGGAGUGUGAAACUUGUGCUGAUGUUGGCACCAAUUGCAUGGGCAGGAUGAAGACCUGCGUUGAGGGCCAAGAUACUUGCAUUGUUGUGUUUCUUGAAAGUAUUAUAGAUGGCAAGGUGCUUCAGACUGUAGUGAAAGGCUGCGCACCCUCUUACAAGUGCAGUUAUCCCCCAAAGCACAUGACUAUAGGGAAAGGGAAAAGCAUAAGGACCAGUCUGAGAUGUUGCACUGGCAAAGACUGUAGAUUGAUAGUCCCUCCACGCUCACCUCUGUUGCUUUCUUCUCCAAUCCUUCGGACUGAGAACCUUCUCCACUACCCCACCCCGUCAGUGCUUUCAGCGCAACGAAUAAAUCCGAAAGCCAAUGGAAAGCAGUGUCCUUCCUGCUACUCUUGGUCUGGCACAUGCAAUGCAGAUAUGGUGAACUGUACUGGACCGGAGAGGUUCUGCUUUGAUGUGCUCUCACGCUCAAAAGCCGAUGGAGAAUUCAGAGACAUAAUUAUGAAGGGCUGCACUAUCAAGUCUACCUGUGCUGCAAUGAACAAAGGCAUGCCUCCCAUUUUGGAAGAAAAAGAUACUAUCGUCGUAAAUGCCAGGUGUACCCCAGAUCCUUCGAGGGGAUAUCAAUCCUCUGGGCUCUACCUGCCAAUCUUCUCUGGGCUCCUGUUCCUGAAGAUCCCCUGGUAAAAGGCACCUGUGAGAAACUUGCACCAUCUCUGCAUUCAUUCCCUGCUCUGCUUAACACUUUUUCUUAACAAAGCUUAGCCUUCCAGAUAGAGGGCCUCUCCACACAUCUGUUUGCCCUGGUGCUUCCUCCCAGGGAAACCCAAUAUUCAGCAAUGAAUCAGAAGAAAUUGGGUUUUCCCGUGGUUUGCUGUUUGUGCUGAUUUAGCACCGAAGAGUGGGUUUUCCAGAGGAAAGCGGCAGUGCAAAGGUGAAACCGCUCAGACCCAUGCCUAGAAAGUGUGGGGCAAGCAGGAAACCACUAUGUCCCAUGCAUUCCAGGCAAGUGUGGAUGAGCCCAGUUUCCUUGUUUUCCUCAGUGAAAAUAGCAACCAGGAAUAAAGCAAAUAAAACAUGAAUGCAUGCUUCAUUUUUGUUUUUGUUUUUUAACUGACUCUAAAUUAGCAUCUCUGCAUUCAUUUAUGCUUCUCUUUUGUUCAUUCACCACUUUCUCUGAAUGCAGUUUGGCUCUCUCGAUGGUUAAACACAGUGUUUUUUGGAUACACACCCACCCACCCACACCAAUUUAUAUAUAUAAAUUGAGUUGCCAGUAUUCAUAUAUUGAUAAAAAUGCCAGCAUACUGUGAGUACUAUCAGAAAUAAAUCCAAAUGAAGUGUG